AUGACUCUCUACGAUGUCGGACCGCAGCGACGGUCUCUGCUGGCCGACUCGGCCACCUGUGGGCUUUUCCCACCACAAUUGCUUCGCAUAAUACGAAGCGAGACGACGACGACAAAGCGACCGGCCGCGGACAACACGACGACAGAGACGACCGCGAUAACGACAAGCGGCCAAGGGCCAGCGAGCUUUCUGGACGCGGUGGCACAAGCUGCACUUUUGCCACGCCUCACAGGGCCUCUCUUCGGCCACUUCCGGCCGCUUUUUGCCGACAUUUGUGCCCGCUGGCUGCUGCAUGCUCGCCGUGGCGUCCGGGACGACACCGUGGUGGCCUCGUUUGCCCGGUUGCUUCCCCUGGCUCCGUAUCUGUCGGUGCUGCUGGACCGGUAUCUGGCCGAGACGGAUGCGUCGUUGCUGGCUGAGAACGCCAGCUCGACACUCUCGACAGACCCUCAACCCGAAGAUCUCUGCGCUCGCCUUUUGGCCCUCUGGCGGCUCGUCCAUUUUGAUACCCCCGCCUAUGGCUGCCUCGUCCCGGCCGACCUGCAGCAGUUCUUCCGCCACCGGUCGCCACCGGUGCGGCUUCUCGCUAUCCGCCUCUUCGGCCUCGUCCAUGCUGCCGCCGACUUCAAGACCGACGCGCUGCUUCGACAGUUUGUGCAUGAGCACGACAGCCUGGCGGCCGACAUGGAUGGCACUGAGAUCGACUACACCUUUUUGACGCUGCACGAGCACGCACGGUGUGACGAGUGGUGGAAGCGAGCGGACGCAAUCAACGCAGAGAUCGAAGCAGUAACACGGCCAGACGAUCCCGAGAGCACGCUGAUCCUUCCGUUGACGCCGCUCGUGGCCGCAUGGGGCCGAACGGUGGUGCCCCGAUCGGGCUUGUCGUCGUCGCCGCAGUCCCCCUCCUCAGCCUCAGCCUCCUCUCCAUCCGCUCUCGUUCGCACGGCCGCCACGGUGGCCAACCUGGAGGCUCUCGCCUGCCGGCUGCUGCAGACGGAACCGGUCCUGCUUCGUGGUCCUGCUGGUGCCGGAAAGACGUCGCUGGUGCGUGAAGCAGCACGGGCGCUCGGCAUGGAGGCCAGGCUGGUGACGCUGCACCUCAACGAGCAGACCGACGCCAAGACGCUGCUGGGCCUGUACACGACCGGAGCCAAGCCAGGCUCGUUUGAGUGGCGGCCCGGCAUUCUGACGACGGCCGUGCAGGAGGGCCGCUGGGUGCUGAUCGAGGAUCUCGACCGUGCGCCCACUGAUGUCAUGAGCACGCUGCUGCCGCUGAUCGAGCGCCGUGCCCUCGUGAUUGCGAGCCGCCGCGAGACCGUCCGGGCACCACGCAGCUUCCGGCUGUUUGCCACCGUGCGCACAGCAGCCAACACCAAUAACACCACUCGCUCCCUCCUGGGCGAGCGUCUCUGGCAGGUCCUGCCAGUGACACCACUGCCGGCCGACCAGCUCGAGCAGAUUUUGCGCGAGACCUUUCCGGCCCUGCACGCUCUCGUGCCCGACAUCUUGGCCGUCUUUGGCCGUCUGACGGGCUCGUCAUCGGUCGAGCGACCGGCCACGCUGCGGGAUCUGCUGAAAUGGUGCCGACCCGACUGGAACACGUUCUCGGGAGUCGGACGGGGCCGCGCCAAGGACGAGCGUGUCCGCCUGGCGCUGGGUCUGCAGAUCGCCCAAGCCCUGCGCAUCACGCCCGCUGUGGCCGAGCACGCCCUGCUGGCCCACGAGCCGGCCCUGCGCGAGACCGAGCGGCAGCUGGUGGUCGGUCGGGCGACGCUGUCCAAGGCCCGUCAUGCUGUUGGUGUGCCUAGCUCGCGACUCUUCGCCACCACUGCCCAUGCUCGCCGACUGCUCGAGCAGAUUGCCGUGGCCGUGCAGCUGCACGAGUCGCUGCUACUGGUCGGCGAGACGGGCAUCGGCAAGACGACGGUGAUCCAGCAGCUGGCCGCUCAGCUCGGCCGCCGGCUCGUCGUCGUCAACCUGUCGCAGCAGAGUGAGGUCGGCGACCUGCUGGGCGGCUUCAAGCCUGUCAGCGCCCGCAGUUUGGCCGUGCCGCUGCGUGACGAGUUCGACGCCCUCUUUGCCGCCACCGGCAUCUCGGCCGACCGCAACGAGCGCUACCUCGGUCGCAUCGCCUCCAGUGUCGCCCGUGGUCGCUGGGCCGACGUCUGUCGGCUGUGGCAGCAGGCACCCCGGAUGUUUGACCAGAUCGUCGAGAAGCUAGGGGCCGACACCGACUCUGCGGAUACUACCGACACCACCAAUCCGAAACGACGAAAGACGGAGUCGAAGCGCCGUGCUCUGCUCGAUCUCAGGCCACGCUGGGACCGGUUUGCCCGCCGGCUCGACCAGUUCGCCCAGCAGGUCGCCGGUGGUUCUGGCGCCUUUGCCUUUGCCUUUGUCGAGGGCAAGAUCGUCCAGGCUGUCCGCAACGGUGACUGGCUGCUGCUCGACGAGAUCAACCUGGCUUCGCCCGACACCCUCGAGAGCGUGGCAGACUUGUUGUCGACCGGUCCGGCUGACUGUCCAACCAUAUUACUGGCCGAGACCGGUGCCAUCGAUCGUGUCCGCGCUCAUCCCGACUUCCGCGUCUUUGGUGCCAUGAAUCCGGCCACGGAUGUCGGCAAGCGUGAUCUUCCUCCCGGAUUGCGCUCCCGCUUCACAGAACUGCAUGUCGCCAGUCCCGAUCGCUCCGUCCAGGACCUCGUGCCCAUCGUCAAGACAUAUCUGCGCGCCAAUCCCCGUGCCACCGACCGUGUCGUCGAGCGCGUCGCCCGCCUCUACCUCGCCAUCAAGGCUCUCGCACUCGACCGCCGCCUCGUCGACGGUGCUGGUGAGGUCCCCCACUACAGCCUGCGCACCCUCACGCGCGUGCUGCGAUAUGUCGACGACGUCGCCCCCAGCUAUGGUCUCGACCGCGCCCUCUACGAGGGCUUCUGCAUGGGCUUCCUCACCCUGCUCUGCCAGGCAUCCGAGGAUCUGGUCAUGCCGCUGAUCGUCCAGCACCUGUUUGGGACGGGGGUGGGUGCUGACAUAAGCAAGAACAAGAGUGCCGCCGCUCUUAACCGCCAGAGGUCGGUGCUGACUCAGCCGCCCCGUGAGCCUCCUUUGCAUCCGGACGGCCGUACCUACGUACGGUUCACCAGCACGGACGGUGCGCGCCAGUACUGGCUGCAGCAGGGUGCAGACGCGCUGCAGGAGCGUGCCGACUACAUCCGCACGCCGUACGUGGAGCGCAACUUGCUCAACCUGGUGCGGGCCACUUCGACCGGCCGGUUCCCGAUCCUGAUCCAAGGCCCCACGUCGGCCGGCAAGACGAGCAUGAUCGAGUUUCUCGCACACUUUAGCGGCAACCGGUUUGUGCGCAUCAACAACCAUGAGCACACGGACCUGCAGGAGUAUCUGGGCUCCUACGCAGCCGGGCCCGACGGCCGUCUGCGCUUCCAGGAAGGCGUCCUGGUUCGGGCCAUGCGUCAGGGUCACUGGAUCGUUCUCGAUGAGCUGAACCUGGCACCGACCGACGUGCUCGAGGCGCUCAACCGGCUUCUGGACGACAAUCGUGAGCUGCUCGUGCCCGAGACCCAGGAGAUCGUCCGGCCGCACCCUCGCUUCAUGCUCUUUGCCACCCAGAACCCGGCCGGUCUCUAUGGUGGCCGCAAGGUGCUCUCGCGUGCCUUUCGCAACCGCUUUCUCGAGCUGCACUUUGACGACAUCCCCGAAGCUGAACUAGGCCAUAUCCUGCAGAUGCGCUGUCGUGCCACCGCGCCGUCCGACUGUGAGCGCAUCGUCACCGUCUACCGCGAGCUCUCGCGCCUGCGCCAGACCAGCCGCGUGUUCGAGCAGAAGAACAGCUUUGCCACUCUGCGUGAUCUCUUCCGCUGGGCCCUGCGUGAGGCCGACAACCGAGACCAGAUCGCCGCCCAUGGCUUCAUGCUGCUGGCUGAGCGCGUGCGCGACGACGACGAGCGUCAGGCCGUCCGCCGCGUCAUCGAGACCGUCUUCCGGACCAAGAUCGACGUCGACCUGCUGUAUGGGCCGGCUGCUCUGCCUUCCUCUCUCGCCACUUCCACCUCCGUCGUCUGGACAAAGGCGAUGCGCCGUCUCUUUGUCCUCGUCAGCCAUGCUCUGCGCAGCUGCGAGCCUGUCCUGCUCGUCGGCGAAACCGGUUGCGGCAAGACCACUGUCUGCCAGCUGCUGGCCGAAGCUGCUGGCCGUCCGCUGCAUAUUGUCAACGCCCACCAGAACACCGAGACCGGCGAUCUGAUCGGGUCACAGCGUCCUGUUCGCAAUCGAGCUGCCGUGUUGGCGUCCCUGCAGGCCAAUGUGGAAGAGGCAUUGAGGGUGGCUGAGGAUGGGAGUGCUCCGGCUUCCCACGAGGAUACCCCCGAGGAUACCCCCUCCCUCUCGUCUCUCCUUCAACGAUACCACACUCUCCCUCCUCCCGUCCUCGCCCGCCUACCUCCUGACUUGGUCGCCCGGAUCAGCCGUGACGAACCCCGCAGUAAGGCCCUCUUUGAGUGGGCCGACGGCAGUCUUGUGCAGGCCAUGCAGUCGGGUGCUUUUUUCUUGCUGGACGAGAUCUCGCUGGCCGACGACUCCGUCCUCGAGCGGCUCAAUUCCGUCUUGGAGCCGCAGCGUCGCCUUCUGUUGGCCGAGAAGGGCGCGGCCGAGACAGCGGCAGCCACGGUAGAUGCUGCCGACGGCUUCCAGUUCCUCGCCACCAUGAAUCCGGGCGGCGACUUUGGCAAGAAAGAGCUCUCGCCUGCGCUGCGCAAUCGCUUCACCGAAAUCUGGGUCCCAGCUCUGGCCGACGGCGACGACGUCCACGCCAUCGUCUCUGCCGUCUUGCGGCCGCAUGUUCGCAUCCUGGCUCCUGUCAUUGUCGACUUUGCUGCCUGGUUCAGCCGCAGCUUCGGCCCUGCUGCUGCUGGUUCUGCUGCUGGUUCUGCCUCGCCCUUUUCCAUCCGCGACAUCCUCGUCUGGGCUCAGUUCGUCAACCGUUGUGAUCAUCCUGAAGAGGCUGACACGGCGCUCGUCCAUGGUGCUGCCACCGUCUUCAUCGACGCCCUCGGCGCCAACCCGUCUGCCAUGGUGUCGGCUGAUCCGGCUGUCGCUGCCCAGCAACGUGCUCUCUGUCUCACCCAUCUCAACCACCUGCUUGCCGACCAUCAUGCUCGCAAUCCACAGCUUGGCUCUGCCACUGUCACCGCCACCGCCUCGCAGAUCUAUGCAGCUGAGCCUCACAUCGAGACCACCGACAGCCACUUUUCCGUCGGCAGCUUCAGCAUUGAGCGAGUCACCAACAGUCCCAACGGCCUAUCCACCUCCUCUUCCCUCCCCUUCGCUUUCGAUGCUCCCACCACCCGCCAAAAUACCAUGCGUCUGGUCCGCGCCAUGCAGAUCGGCCACAAACCCAUCUUGCUCGAGGGCAAUCCUGGCGUUGGCAAGACGACCCUGGUGGCCGCCCUGGCCGCUGCCUGUGGCCAGCCGCUGACCCGCAUCAACCUCUCGGACCAGACCGACUUGAUGGACCUCUUCGGCACCGAUGUGCCCGUGGAGGGCGCUGAGGCUGGCCGCUUUGCCUGGCGUGACGCUCCCUUUCUGCAGGCCAUGCAGCGUGGCGAAUGGGUUCUGCUCGACGAGAUGAACCUGGCCUCGCAGUCUGUCCUCGAGGGCCUCAACGGCUGUCUCGACCAUCGUGGUGAGGUCUACGUGGCCGAGCUGGACCAGACCUUCCGCCGUCACCCGGACUUCCGCCUCUUUGCCGCCCAGAACCCACAUCACCAGGGUGGUGGCCGCAAAGGCUUGCCCGCCUCCUUUGUCAAUCGCUUUCUGGUCGUCUAUGCCGACGUCUUCUCCGAGGCCGACCAGCUGUUGAUUGCCCACCGUCGUUUUCCGGCUGUCCCCCCCCAAGUCGUUCGCCAUGUCACAGCUUUUGUCGCCGCCCUCGAGCGCGAAACUGUCCUCCGUCGCUCCUUUGGCCUGCAGGGUUCCCCUUGGGAGUUCAAUUUGCGCGACACUCUCCGCUGGCUUGAGCUGGCCUCUUCGACAGCCACCCCCUUUGCCGCUCUCUCCUCGUCAGCCCCCAACUUCCUCGACAUUGCCAUCCGACAGCGCUUCCGCACUGCCCGUGACCGUCGCGAGGUCCAGAGACUCUUUGCUGCCGCCUUUGACGCCCCCCAUCGCCCACACAGCCGUUAUCACGCUGUCGGCUCAGCCACCGCCCAGAUCGGUCUCGCAUUGCUGUCGCGCAGUCGUCUCAGCCAGCCAACCGCUGCCUUUCCCGGCUUCGACCCCCGUCCUCGUCUGGCCGAGCUCGAGUCCGUUUUGCUGUGUGUCCAGCACAACCUGCCUUGCAUCCUCGUCGGGCCUUCAGGCUGUGGUAAGUCUGCUCUCCUGCAGCAUGUCGCUGCUCUCGCCGGCAAGCCGCUCGUCGUCUUCCCGCUCAGUGCCGAUGUCGAUGCCAUGGAUCUCGUCGGUGGUUUCGAACAGGCCGAUCCAGUUCGCGAUGUGUAUGCUGGCCUGGCCGAUCUCAAGGACGUCUUGAACAUCUUUCUGCUCGAACACGCGGCUGAUGAAAACAACAAUGACCACGACCACCAUGCUGCCACCCUCAUGCAGGCUCUCGGCAUCACCACCACCACCACUCCCGACUCCGAGGCUGCACACUUUGCCCACGUCGCCGACUGCAUUGGCCGCUUGGCCCCCCUCAUCGACAGCCGCUCGCCACUCGCUGCCGCCCUAGAGGCUGCCCACGAUCGCCUCCAACAGCCACUGACACUGGCCAGCCCGCGCUUCGAGUGGCUCGACAGCAUCAUCGUCCGUGCUGCCCAGGCCGGCCACUGGCUCGUGCUCGACAACGCCAAUCUCUGCAAUGCCUCCGUGCUCGACCGCCUCAACUCCCUGCUCGAGCGGCCCCAAGGCUUCCUCAGCAUCAACGAGCACAGCCAACCCGAUGGCGAGCCGCGCAUUGUUGCCCUGCAUCCCGAUUUCCGCAUCUUCCUCACUGUCGACCCACGCUAUGGCGAGCUCUCGCGUGCUAUGCGCAAUCGUUCCGUCGAGAUCUUUGUCGACCCUGACACGGGCUACAGCCUGUCGAGAGCAACCCAUAUCGACCACAUCGCUCCUGUUGAGGCUCGCCUGCUUCGCUUCCACGAUCUUGUCCGCCAUCCGGACCCCCUCUGGCUCGACAACCUGUCUCUCGACGACUCCGCCCUGCUGCAGCGCUUUUUCCACACCGUCAACGCCGGCCGUCUUCUUCGCGAAGCCGAUGACCAGACUCGCUCCCGUCUGCUGCUGCGUAUCCGUGUCGCCCUCUCUUACCUUGGCAUCGCUGAGGCUGCACCCUUGCGCAACGCUAUCUUGCACCAGUACACCCAGUUUUCUGACAGCGCCGCCCAUCCCGACGCCCUGCUCGUCUAUGACCAGCCGCUGCAUCCUCUCCAGAAUUCGCUGCUCGUCCAGUCGCUCAUGUCGUCGUCCUCGGAUCUUGGCGUCCUCCCCACUUGGCUCUGGUGGCUCGGCCUCUGCUACCAGACCACCGCCCGCGUCUCCUUUGCGCUCGAGGACCUUCUCCUGCACCGCCAAAAGGCCGCCGGCCACCUGUCCAAGCUCGGCCUUCUCAACCGCCUCCAGCGCUCCUCACUGGCUGCCCAGGUCGCCGUUGUUGCCCGCGACUCCACCGCCCCCGUCUUUGCCUUCCUCUCCGAGACCAUGAAGGAGCUGCAGUCAUGCAUGGUCGCCAGCGUCGACUUGGUUCGCACACAAAUCGCCACAAAUAGGGGAAAGGACGUCCGCCACCUGCUCAACGUCGCUUCGCACAUCUGGUGGCAGACCCAUGCCCUCACCACGCAGUCCAGCUUUGAUGAGGCUCGCUUCCAGGCUCAUCUCGGCCAUAGCCGCUCGCUGCUCCGUGGUUUCAAGGCUGACAUGCAGGCCCUCCAGCACGAGGUCGAAUCCGAGCUGCUCAAACCCGCAAACGUUUUGCUCACCUUUGUCGCCAACAUGCUGCAUCGCCUCGCCCACGACUUCGCUGACGGCUUCAGCCUCUCCACCGGUCUCAGCAUGAACCUCCUAUGGCCGCUCUUCCGUCCGACCCCCAUCCCCGACGAGCCCGCCUUCCGCCAGGUCGUCGCCAUGGAACGUCUGGCUGCUCGCUUCGAUAACCUUAAGUGGCGCGUUCCCAAUGCGUCGGCUGUCGACCUCGGCCACGUCAUCACCUCCCUGGCAGAUGCCUAUCGCCUACUGCGUGUCGACAGCACCGACUCCGCCGCUCUCGUCCAAGCUGUCACCGAUGAGAUCACCUCUCUCGAGUCCCUCGUCGCCACUGGCCAGGUUCCGUCUGUGCCGCUGUUUGCCGACGUCUUCGAGGCUGUGCGCCAGCUUCACGUCCUCUAUGGCAACGCCGGCCAGCUUGACGACCAGAUCAAGACCCUCGUCCUCUCUGACCUGCCCACUUUUGCUCAGCUGCGUCUGCACGGCUCUGUCGGUCCUGCCCACCAGCUGCAGGCCGUCGACUACCUCCUCAGCCAGCUCUCCGCUCUUCGGCCCUGGAGCGGCACGCUUUCCAGCCAGCUCUUGCGCAAGUCCGAGCACGUUAUCUCUUCAUCUGCACUGGCCUCCCUCCGCUCACUCGAGAAGGAACUGCCGCUCGUUGGCCGCCUGGUCACCCGUGCCUCUGCUUCGCUCUCGGCAGACCCCGUCGCCAAGCUGAACGACUCGCUCUGGGACCUUCUGUCUGCUGUCGUCUCGUGCUUUGACAACAGAACAUCCGCCCAGGUUCAAUCUGCUGACGGCACGGACGCCGCCUCGCUCCAGACUCACGUCAGGGCUCUUCUCGAUGCUGCCUUGGCCCAUCCGCAGAUCGCUCAUGUGCACAUCUCUGCAAGCGGCUUGGUCAUCGGAUCCGACAACGUCUCUGUGCCCGCCGAGAAGCUCAUCUGGCCGAACUUGGACAAGAGCCAGCUCAGUCCCAUCCUGCAGCAACACUUCCUGCCCGUCGUUCUUGCUCUGGCCGCCUCACGGCAGAGCAGCAACGUGCACAUGCGCCAGUCCCUCUCUGCGGUCGCCUGGGUCCAGUUCUCCGUCGGCUGCAUCAAGCUGUACACGCCCGACAAGGUCUUUGAUCCCUUUCUCGAGUGGAGGACCGAGCAAGACUUCCACGCAACCCUGCGCGCCUCUCUUGUCGACGAGUCCGCCGCCCUCCGCCAGUUCGAGCACGACUUUACCGCCCAGGACUCCACGAGCCUGCGCCUCAGCCUGGCCGAAGAGGACAUCCGCGUGCUCGAUGCCGCUCUCGUCAGCCGCCAGGAAAACCAGUCCCAGCUGCAACUCGACUCGCCAACAAGCAUCUACCGUCCGUCCAGCGGCGGCGCUGCCGCUGAGCUUUCCCGGCUGCAAAAGGACGUCUUCAACCCAGUCCUCGACGUCACCGUCAAGGAUGACAUCAGCUCUGCCCACUUCCGCAUUCUCUCCUCGCUGCUCGCAGCCACAGGCACAGAGACGACCACGACAGAAGCCCAACAGGAGCUCCAGCUGGUCCAGCACAACGUCGUCCGCCUAAUCGAGCGCCUGCUCAUGAGCCAAUUCACGGCCUACCAGGAUCUUGCCGUCCCGGUGGCAAACCUGCUUCGCUGUCUCCAGCUUGGCCUCUCCCUCAGCGAGGCUGCAGCCAUGGCACCAACGUCUGACAGCUCUACGCCGUGGCUUGGCGUGACACCCUUCUUGGGCGGCCAUCCCAUGGCCAUCGAAGCCGUUUCGGCACCGCUGAAGAAGACCUGGGAGUUCUUGCUGUUUGGAGGUGUAUGCGCUUCAGUGGACGGACCCAGUGAGCUCAGCGAUGCCGCCACUUCGUCUGCCUUCUCGCCCCAAGGCCGCCGCUGUAUUGCCGAGUGCUUCCACUACUUCUUCACCGAGUGGAACAGAAAGCUUGAGGCUGAUCGCAUGGCCGAGGAGGCCAAGACCAACCUGUACCGCUUCCGCGGCAGCCAGGAGGACGAGGAAGAAAUGGAUGAGGCCGAGUUCAGCGAGCUCUUCCCAACUUAUUCCGGCAACGAGGACAGCAUCAGCACCAACAAGAAAACGCUGGCCAAGUGGGAUCUCUCGGCCGAUGUCUCCCGCAUCCACCGCGACAUCCUGCAGCCGUCGCGGCCGCCCACAGACACCAUCCUCGACUUCUGCAAGACCAUUGCGCGCAAGGCUGCCAAGGAGAUCGAUGUCGAUGGCGUCCCGUCGAAGCAGGCCAUUUCCAACAGCGAGUUCUUGCCCGCAACCCUGCUCGCGGUCGAUGACACCCUGCGCAGCCUGCAAACCUCGGUCGUCGCCGCGAGCUCAGGCAAGUUCAACUUUUAUACCGACACAAACCUGCCCGAGGCUCGCAAGCUCGUCGCACUCGUCCACGAGGUCGAGGCCAAAUUCCGCAGUCUCCAGCGUGUGGACGAGAUCGGCCACCUGCAGCCGCUGGCUGACGUCGUGCUCGGGUGCGAACGCGUGCUCGAGCUCGAGUUCAGCGAGCCUCUGGCAAAGGGCAUCACCAUGGUCGAAAAGCUGCACGAGGCCCUGUAUGAGUGGCAGUUCCGCGGAUACGCAAGCCGCCAGUACCUCACCCCUACGCUCUAUGACCGCGUCACGGCCACGCUUGUCAGCUGGCGGAAGCUCGAGCUGUCCACGUGGAGUCGCCUGUUCGACUCCGAGUCCGACAAGUGCCGGCAGGACGCGGGAGUCUGGUGGUUCAUCGCCUACCAGGCCGCCGUGGCUGGCCCCAUGUCCAUCCUUCUCGGCCAAGACGAAAAUAGCAACAGCACCAGUAACUCGCUGGCUUACCAUGUCGAGCAGCUGCUCAAGGAGCUCUCAUCAUACCUCUCCAGCUCUAUCAUGGGCCAGUUUUCAGCGCGUCUCGACCUUCUCCGACAGAUCGGCGCACAUAUCGGCCUGCUGAUCCAAGAUUACCCGGCCAUGGCCGUGAUCCAGAACGCCGUCAAGAAUCUCGUUGCCUUCUACUCACGGUAUGAGAGCAAGGCCAUCGAGAGCGUCAAGAAGGGACGCGAGGGUCUGCAGAAGAAGAUGAAUGACGUUCUCCUCCUGGCCAGCUGGCGCGACACCAACAUCGACGCCCUUCGCGAGAGUGCCCGCAAGUCCCAUCUCAAGCUGUUCCGACUUGUCCGCAAGUUCCGGGCCGUACUCGGACAGCCGAUGCUGUCCAUCAUCAAGUCGGGACUUCCGGACGAUGCGGAGCAGGAGAUUGUACGCGGCAGCGAAGAGCUGGGUGCCGUCCUCGACUCGAUCGACAUCGACCUGUCCCGGUCGCAAGCAGCGACCAAGUUGUGUGCAGACCUGAUCCCUGACUGGGGCGAUGAUGCUCACACGCGCCGUCUGGCCGGCGUGGACCGCAUCGUAUCGAUCAUGAACAGAGCUAGUGCCAUUCCGGCUUCGACCCUGGAUGCCAGCGAUGUUGUCUCUUCGUUUGUCAAGGACUUGUUGACGUCUAUGUCUGAGCUGCGCAAGGAGACGCCUGGCCUGCUCACAGAGGAAACAAAGGACGCGGUCAAGCACCUAAAGACACGCAAGAUUCGCCUCUUUGACGAGACCGUCAAGGCCGUGCGCCAGAUGGGCUUCAGCAGCAACCUGGGCACAAGCCGGCUGGCCGCACAGGCAUCGCUGCCGCUGAUCUUCUCGGGUUCAUCGGGUCUGACAGCAAUGCGGCUGCCCGAAGAGCUGGAUUUUGCCGGCCUCGAGUACAGCUUCCACAAGCUGGUGGACUUGGCGCCGCAGUUCCGCGAGGCCUUGUACGAGCACCACAGCGACCUCCAGAGGAUCACGGCGCGGCGCACUGUCGGCUACCUAGAAGGCAUCCUGUACGUUGCACUGCGGCAGCGUGAGAUUCUGACAGCAUCUGCCCGCAGCCUGUCUGCUCUCGAUGCCCAGGUCGCACAUGUCGACAGCCUCAGCGCAAGCUUGGUCGAUGACGGCAAGGGUGGCAACAAGAACGUCGCCGUCGAGACGUGUCGGUCUGGCCAUGCUCGCACAUUGCGCUGGCUCGUGGCCAUCACGCAGGUCGGCGUGCAUCUCGCCGAGGUUCAUGACCGGCUUGCAGAUGUUGACUGCAAGUCGGUUCGCACGCAGCUCGCAGCCUGGGCUUCCAAGUUCGAUGGCUUGCGGAUCAAGCUCGAGGCCAGCCUUCCCGGUCUCCCAGACGGCUUUGUCUCGUCUGUGACUCUGGUACUUCGGUCUCAGAUCGACGAGGAAGUCGCUCGGUUUGCCUCUGAGCUGGAACAGCGCAUAGAAGAGCGCCCGGACCUCGCGUACAUUCUCCAGCAGAUCAAGCUUUGGACUGUUGCCGACGCUUCGGACGAGGCGGAAAGGGCCAUGACCGCGGCGGCAAGCGACGGAUUGCCCUCCUUUACAGACAAGGCGCUGGACCUGUCCAAGAUGCUGCUCGACGCCGUGCAAAAGUUCAACAAGGCCGUGACGGAGUUACCAACAUCGAUCGAGCAAACGGCGUGGCUGGUGGAAUACAACGCCAAGCUCUCGACGGCCGUCAAAUCGCUGCAUGUGGACACGGUCCUGUCCAGCAUUCAGAAGUGCAUCGAUCUGCUGAGAUGCAACUAUAGCGCGCCACACUCGACGUCAGCCACAGCCCUUCUCUGCGUUCUUCUGCCACUCCUGCAGCAGUACACGGCGACAUUCCGGCGGACGCUGAUGCGUCUUGCUGCUCUGCACCGGUCCACCUGCCAGUUGGGCCACCGUCUGAGCCGAGCGUUUGUGGAGAUUUCGUCACAAGGCUUCUGCACGCCGCCGGAGAAGUCAGACGACUCGUCUGGCCAGACCAACGGCAAGCUCGAAGAGGGCACCGGCCUAGGCGAUGGCGAGGGUGCCGAAGACAUCAGCAAGGACAUCCAGCCAGACGAAGAUCUGUCAGAAUUAGCACAGACGGCCAACAAGGAGCAACAAGAGAAGGGCGACGGGAUUGAGGACGAAAAGGAUGCCAUCGAUAUGGGCAAUGAUGAGAUGGAAGGCGAGAUGGGGAGCGCGGCUGGCGACGAUGAGGAUGAAGACAAGGACGGCGAUGAUAACGAAGGAGAGGAUGAGGAGGACGACAUGGACGAAGAAGCAGGUGAUGUGGACGACCUUGACCCGACAGCGGUGGAUGAGAAGAUGUGGGAUGGCGAAGAUGCCAAGGACACGGAGAAGGAGCAGCAAGGAAACGAGUCCAAGGGUCAGAAGAACGACGAAGAGCAGGUGGCGGCUGCGGACGACAAGUCGCAAAGCAAGGCUGCCGAUGAAGCUGCGGUCGGAGAAGAGGGCGGAGAUGCAGAAGAGGAGAAGAAGGGCGAGGAAGAGGAUGAUGAGAAGAAAGAGGGAGACGAUGGAGACGAUGUGGAUGACGAUAUCGGUUCGGAUGACGAGCAAGUUGGCCCGCAACAGGAACUGAACCGCCAAGACCAGAACGUGGAGGAGAAUGAUGCGCUGGAUCUGCCUGACGACAUGGAGUUGGAUGACGGAGACGACAGCAAUGACGGCGGUGGAGACGAGCUGGACGACCUAGCCGAUCUGGAAGAAGGAAAGGAGGAGGAGGGUGGCGUGGACGAUUCGGCCCAGGAAGAGAAGCGUGGAAAGGAGGAGGAGGAAGGGCCCGAUGCGAAGAAAGAAGAAGAAGACGAGGCGAUCGGUGAUGAGACGGUCCAGACUGACAAGAUGGCCGAAGACGACGAGGCCGAGAAGGAUGAAGAUAAGGAGGGUGAUGAUGAACAGAAAGACGGAGAGCAAGCGACAGAGGAAGACGGCAUGGACGUGGACGAAGAUGGCGACCAGGCGGAAGAGGCGCCAAAGCAGCCUCCGGUGAAUGACGUGCAGGCCGACAGCAAAGACACGGCCGCACCCAGCGACAUGCAGAGUGGCGUCGGGCCGGAGCAGCAGGAGGACAACGCGGCCGCCGACCAGGAACAGGCGGACCAGAACGAAAACAACAACAGUGCGAAGCGCGACCAGGGCGAGACGGGCCAGGAUGCCGACGAGAAGGACACGAUAGAUGGUGGUGCCAACGGGACGAUGACGAACCGCGACGCAGCCCAGCCAGAAGAGCCUUCGAGUGCGGACAAUGCAAACGAACAGCAGCAGCAACAACAACAGCCGUUCAAGAAGCUGGGCGACGUGUUGGAACGCUGGCAUCGCACACAGCGCGAGAUCAAGCAGGCCGAAGACGGGUCUCAAGACCAAGAGGUGCAAGACGAGAACAGCGCAGACCAGGCAGCCGAGAAGGAGUUUCAGCACCUGCACGACGAGGAGGCAGUGGCCAGUACGCAAGCCAUGGGCGCGGCCGACGACGAUGAGGCCCGACCGGUUAAUGAUGCCAUGGCGAUUGAGGAUGAGGCCGACGGUGGCAAGAACGAAAAGAGCGAGGAGAAACAGACGCAGCAGGCGAAUGAGGAGAGCGAUGAUGGCAGCGAUGUGGCCGAGGACGACAAGAUGCAAGAUGACGAUGGUGAUGAUGCGGAUGACGAUGGGGCUAUGAAGACGGAGGGCGAUGAUGGUCAGGCCGGCGCGUCGAUGCAGCGUGGCGCGUAUGACGAUGUGGACGAGGAUGAUGGGGCCAGCAGCGACGGCGAUCCGGACGAACAGGACGGAGUGGACCAGGAGAGCGAGUCGGACGAGGAGGAUGACGGCGCCAAUGCGGACGAGGAGGCACUGCUGGCCACACAGCUGUUGUCGUCGACCCGACUCGAGGACGACGAAGAGGGUGCCGAGCUGAUGUCGCUGGACGAGGCCAUGAGCCAGUGGACGGCCUUCCAGCAGUCGACUCACGGACUGUCAGUCGCUCUGGCAGCCCAGCUGCGGCUGAUCCUGUCGCCGUCGCAGGCGACCCGUCUUUCGGGUGGUUUCCGCACCGGAAAGCGGUUGAGCAUCCGCAAGAUCAUCCCGUAUAUUGCGUCGGGCUACAAGCGCGACAAGAUCUGGAUGCGACGCAGCGUCCCGACAAAGCGGGCGUAUCAGAUUAUGCUGUGUGUUGAUGACAGCAAGAGCAUGGCCGAGGCCGGAGCUUCAGCUUCAGCAUCUGCUUCAGCUCUUUCACGCGUCUCGCCCGGCCAUCUCGCCCUCAGCUCGCUCGUCAUGGUCGCCCGCGCCCUCGCCAUGCUCGAGGCCGGCCAGGUCGGCGUUUUUGGGUUUGGUGCCCGCGUCUUUGCCGCUCACGGCCUCCUCGAUGCCGAGCCGUUUGGCGGCAGUGCUGGUGGUGGUGGUGCUGGCGGCGGACUCCAGGGCGCUGCUGCCCUCCGUCGCUUCACCUUCCGGCAGGACCGCACCGAUGUGGCCCAGCUGUUGCGCACGACCAUUGACACGUUCCGCCAGGCCCGCGAGGCUGCUCUCGGUGGCAGCGCUUCCGCCGAUCUCUGGCAGCUCGCUCUCGUGCUCUCGGACGGCCUCACGCCCUCGUCUGCCCACGAACGCAUCCGCCGGCUGCUCCGCGAGGCUGCCGAGUCCCGCAUCAUGAUCGUCUUUGUCGUCCUCGAUGGCCCUUCCGGCUCCUCGGCCUCUGGCCAGCCGGCUGCUGACAGCGUGCUCGACCUCAAAGAAGCCAAGUUUGUCCGCGAUCCUACCACCGGCGAAAACCGCGUCGUCAUCGAACGCUAUCUCGACACCUUCCCCUUCCCCUACUACCUCAUCGUCCACAACCUCGACGAUCUGCCGGCUGCGCUGGCCGGCUUGCUGCGCACCUGGUUUGCAGAGGUCAACUCGUAA